UUUCAGUAAUAUAUUGACGAAUCUUAUCAAAGUAUAUACAUCUUAUCAACAAGAUUAUCCAAUCUGUCUAGCAUUUAGCAUUGUCCAAUUGAGCCACAGUCGAUCAUGAAUUUCCAUCUGCGCGAAAUUCAUGCAUGCCCAAAAGUGUAACAAGUCAAUUUAUUGUUAUAUCAAGUAUUAAUAUCCGUAGUGGGACAAGUUGUCUGUCAACGAUGAUAGAAGACCUGGACACGGAUAUGUGGCUCUCAACAGCCGAAGCUGCCAGCUUAGGUGCGGAGGAAGUUGCAGUAAAGUUGCGAGUCGAUACACGGAGCGGAUUGUGGUGGCGUGAGGCAGAACUGCGCAUGCAGCUUACGGGAUACAACGAAUUGAUCGUACGCGAAGAAGAACCUACUUGGAAAAAGUACAUUGAGCAGUUCAAAAACCCGUUGAUUCUCCUAUUACUCGGAUCUGCCUUUGUCAGUGUUUGUAUGAAACAGUUUGACGAUGCUAUCAGUAUUACAGUGGCCAUUGUCAUAGUAGUGACGGUAGCAUUUGUUCAGGAAUAUAGAUCAGAAAAGUCACUAGAAGAAUUAAAUAAAUUAGUGCCACCUACGUGCCAUUGCUUGCGUGAAGGACACCUGCAAACUUUUCUUGCCAGAAACUUGGUACCUGGUGAUAUAGUGCAUUUAAAUAUCGGCGACAGAGUGCCAGCAGACAUUAGAAUAUUUGAAGCGAUCGAUUUAGCAAUAGACGAAAGUAGUUUUACAGGCGAAACUGAACCUGCUCAAAAGAACAUUGCACCUUUGUUAAAAACAAAUGGACACAGCGUCAAGAAAAACAUUGCGUUCAUGGGAACACUGGUGCGUUGCGGAAAUGGCAAGGGCAUCGUUGUCAAUACCGGGGAGAAAAGCGAGUUUGGCGAAGUAUUUGCGAUGAUGCAGGCUGAGGAGGCUCCGAAAACGCCUCUGCAGCGAAGUAUGGACAUUCUCGGCACUCAACUGUCUUUUUACUCUUUUUGUAUCAUCGGUAUAAUAAUGUUGAUCGGCUGGAUCCAGGGAAAACCGCUGCUUGAGAUGUUCACAAUUAGCGUUAGUUUGGCUGUCGCAGCGAUACCCGAGGGCCUUCCUAUUGUUGUAACCGUGACACUGGCACUGGGUGUAAUGAGAAUGGCAAAGCGGAAAGUAAUCGUCAAGAAACUUCCUACCGUCGAGACACUCGGUUGCGUCAAUGUAAUAUGCUCCGAUAAAACUGGCACAAUAACAAAGAACGAGAUGACUGUGACGACUUUAUUGACUUCGGAAGGAUACGCAGCCGAUGUCAGUGGGACAGGCUACAACGAUCAGGGAGAAAUAAAUGUACAAAAGUGUGACAAUGUUGAACUUGCUCGUUCUUCUAUUUACACAAUGCUUGAGGUUGGAUGUGUCUGUAACAAUGCAGUCAUUCAGAAUGAUGUCCUUCUUGGUCAACCAACAGAAGGUGCUUUGAUAGCUGUCGCGAUGAAGAACAAAAUGUAUGGCAUAGUCGAUAAGUAUCUCAAACUCCAGGAGUAUCCAUUCUCUUCUGAGCAGAAAAUGAUGGCAGUAAAAUGCGCCACAAAGUACAGUGCUAACAAAGAGGAAAUAUUCUUCGUCAAGGGUGCGAUAGAAAGAAUUCUGCCACAAUGUACAAAGUAUUCGGCAAACGGUCAGCUAUAUUCUCUCAAUCAGAAGAAGGAGCAAGAAAUUCUAACCGAGGCUUACGACAUUGGAAGGAAAGGCUUACGAGUUAUGGGCUUGGCUCGCGGCAGUUCGCUACAGGAUCUCAUCUAUGUUGGACUUGUGGGGAUUUGCGAUCCACCAAGGUCCCAAGUCAGAGAAUCUAUAACCAUGCUGUUGAACAGUGGCGUCAAUGUCAAGAUGGUAACAGGUGAUGCGAAGGAGACUGCUUCGGCUAUUGCUGAUAUGAUCGGCUUGGACACAAUCCACAUGCAGCUCAUGUCCGGGGACGAGAUAGACAGUAUCGGAGAACAUCAGCUGGAACAAAUGAUAAACAAUGUGAGCGUGUUCUAUCGUGUUACGCCGAAACACAAAUUGUGCAUAGUAAAGGCGUUGCAGAGGAACGGAAAUAUCGUCGGGAUGACUGGAGACGGAGUGAACGAUGGAGUGGCAUUGAAAAAGGCAGACAUUGGCAUCGCAAUGGGAAAGAAUGGUACCGACGUCUGUAAAGAAGCUGCGGAUAUGAUUUUAGUCGACGAUGAUUUUCAUACAAUUAUAGCGGCGAUAGAGGAGGGGAAAGGAAUAUUUUACAAUAUUCGUAACUUUGUGAGAUUUCAGUUGAGUACAAGUAUUGCGGCACUGUCGUUGAUCGCCUUAGCGACGUUGAUGGGAAUUCCAAAUCCCUUGAACGCCAUGCAGAUUUUGUGGAUCAAUAUUAUCAUGGAUGGUCCGCCGGCUCAAAGUCUUGGAGUUGAACCAGUGGACAAGGAUGUGCUUAAACAAAAACCUCGGGACACAAAGGAACCGAUGAUCAAUCGAAGCCUAAUUGUAAACGUCCUACUUUCAGCACUAAUUAUCAUUCUGGGAACUUUAUGGGUUUAUAACCGUGAGAUGGUGUCUGGAGGUAUAACCGCCAGAGAUACGACAAUGACUUUUACCUGCUUCGUUUUCUUCGAUAUGUUCAAUGCACUGAGCUGCCGGUCUCAGACAAAGUCGAUAUUCACCAUUGGCUUGUUUAGCAACAGAAUGUUUCUUCUUGCUGUUUCGCUGUCUGUUAUUGGUCAGAUGUUGGUCAUCUACUUUCCCCCACUGCAGCAAGUCUUUCAGACAGAAGCGCUAACGUUGAAAGAUAUAUUAUUUCUAGUGACGCUCACCUCCAGUGUAUUUAUAAUCAGUGAAAUCAAGAAAUUGAUAGAACGCCAGUUGGACAGACGAAGGGCGAGCAGCCGACACUACACGAGAUGCGAUUUAGAUUUCGUUUAAUAGUUUAGACUGCUAAAAGAGUUGUACAGAGGAUGAGGAGUAUAAAAGGCACCAACGUCGAUAGAAAUGGACAAGAUUAUUUGACCGUAUCUGGUCACUUGCUAGUUAAUAAUUUACAUGAAACAUUGAAAGUUGGUGAAAAAUUCCGAAUAAUAUUUUAAAAUACUUCUGCCGUUCUGCGGAGACGAACCACGGCUGAUACUUUAGCAUGAUUAAUUGCCUAUCAUCAGAUCUUGAACUUUUAAAAUGCAAUGGUGACAAAGUUCCACUGGAAUGAAUAUAGUUAUACGUAACAAUUUGCCGCUGCACGUGAAAGAAAAUUUUCUUGUAAGUUACAACCGCAACGCAACUGGGACUGGAGUAACUGGAGGAAUAUGUGAAUAUGGUAAAUAAAUGUUUAGCAGUCGUAUAGGAAACUGAUAUAUAUGUACAUUGUAUUUUUACAAAGAAA